CUGUAAACUGCCAGCAACUGACAUUUUGUUUACAAUUUUAUCGUUCUUUCCUUGCAGAUUUCUCUUUUUCUUGGAAAAUUCAACAUAAAUAAGUAAGAUUUUACGUACAUUCUCUUGAGGAUUUCUUGUUAAGUAUCUAAAGAUGCUUGUCCGGAACCUUCUAUCCCGGUCCUUAUGGUCGGGUCUUCGCGUGCAGUCCAGGCAGAUGGCCUCAGACCCAGUGAAGCCAGUUGAAUCUGAAAAUCGUGAAGAUGGUGUAGAUGCAUUACAGGCAGAAGCGCUAGACAAAGACAUCUGUCUUCUAGUAGACGAGAAGGACAAGAUGAUCGGAACAGCCUCCAAGCGCGUGUGCCACACGGUGGGCGAGGACGGGAAGGUGCCGCUGCACCGCGCCUUCAGCGUGUUCCUCUUCAACAAGAGAGGAGACAUGCUGCUGCAGAGGAGGGCUAGCCAAAAGGUGACAUACCCUGACUAUUACACCAAUGCCUGCUGCAGCCACCCUCUGUACAUUGAUGAUCAGCCAGAAGAAAUCAUUACAGCAGCUAGAAGAAGACUCAAUUAUGAAUUUGGAAUACCACUAUCAGAGAUGGACCCAGCCCUAUUCACAUUCAUGACGCGCGUGCACUACCACGACCCGGGCGACGGCGUGUGGGGCGAGCACGAGAUCGACCACAUCCUGUUCUACCAGGCCGACGUGAAGGUCAAGCCGAACAGCAACGAGAUCUCCGAGUACUGCUUCGUGCCCAAGAACGAGUUCAAUUCCUUCAUCCCGACGCUGGAGGGCCCGCUGACGCCGUGGUUCAACAUGAUCCGCCGCCACCGCCUCAAGCUGUGGUGGGACAACCUGCACCGGCUCAAGGACCUCGCCGAGCCGCACAAGAUACAGAAGUUUGUCAAUGAAUAAUAUGUUUAGUAUAAGAUUAAGGGCUGAUUUUUUAAUGGUCAGAUAAAUUUUAUGUAUGGAACAAAAUUGUUGCCGUCACUGUUUAAUACAAACAUUCUGACGCGACAGCAUCAGAUUUAUUCCCCAGAGACAUUUUAUGUAACCAUUGAAAAAUCGGGCUGAUU